CAGUUAAGGAGAAGCCAGGCUGGUGCGCAGGGCAAAGCCAAUGUCAUCUCGAUCUGGAUUGUCCCUUCCUCCUCCGAGGAAGAGGGUUGCAGUGAGAGCAGUUCAGGGGCUGGUGACUUUUGAAGAUGUGGCCAUCUAUUUCACCGAGGACGAAUGGGUUCUGCUGGGGCCAGACCAAAGAGCCUUGUACAGGGAGAUCAUGCUUGAGAAUUUUGGGAACGUGGUGUCACUGUUGGAGGGAUUUCCGCCCCCCAAGCCUGACCUCGUCUCCCAGCUGGAGCACUGGGAAGACCCAUGGCUGCUGGAUCCUCAAGGAUCAGGUGAAAUAGAAGCCACUAACACCAACUCAGGUAACGACCAAGUACAGGCAAAUAAAGACAAUAGGUGUCAGUUGGAAAGACCAGAGCAAGCGGGUGUCGGUGAAAUAUCACUGGAAGAGGCCGGAGGGAAUUGUUUCCGGGGUCUGAACCUGACCAUACACGGGGGAUCUCCUGGAGUAGCCAAACCCUACCCGUGCUCCAACUGUGGGAAAGCUUUUGCUCAGAAAGCAUACCUCAUUGCACAUCAAAGAACCCACACCGGAGAGAAACCGUACCAAUGUCUCGAGUGCGGGAAGAGCUACCCGCGGAAAACGUCCCUGGCUGUGCAUCAGAAAAUUCACGCAGGAGAGACCUACUCGUGCCCCGUGUGUGAGAAAAGCUUCAGGUACAGAAACGGCUUGACGAAGCACAAAAGGAACGCGCACGAGAGAAUCCCGACAGGGGAGAGGCGCUAUCAGUGCUCCAUCUGCAGCAAGCGCUUCCGUUGGCGACAGAGUUUUGUCUUGCACGAAAGGGCCCAUGCGGGAGAGAAGCCCUAUCAAUGCCCAGAAUGCGGGAAUAGCUUCUUGAGUCCCGUGUCCCUUAUUGUUCAUAAGAGAAUCCACGCAGGAGAGAGGCCCUACCUGUGCUCCAUCUGCGGCAAAAGCUUCCAUUGGCAACGGAGCUUUAUUUUGCACGAAAGAGCCCAUACGGGAGAGAAGCCCUAUCAAUGCCCAGAAUGCGGGAAAAGCUUCAUGAGCCGCAUGUCCCUUAUUGUUCACAUGAGAAUCCACACAGGGGAGAGGCCCUACCUGUGCUCUGAGUGUGGGAAGAACUUCCGUUGUAGGCGGAGAUUGGUUUUGCACCAAAGAGCCCACACGGGAGAAAAGCCCUAUCGAUGCCCAGAAUGUGGGAAAAGCUUCGUGAACCGAAUGUCCCUCAUUUUUCACCAGAGAAUCCACACAGGGGAGAGGCCCUGUCAGUGUUCUGAGUGUGGGAAAAGCUUCGUCCACAAACAGGCCCUCAGUAAACACAGGGCAAUCCACACAAGGGAGAGAAGAAACGCGUGUACGGUGUGUGGCAGGAGGUUUUCCAGUAAAGGCAACCUGAUACGACACACGAAAAUCCACACGGGAGAGAAACCCCAUGCCUGCCCCACCUGUGGGAAAAGCUUCAUUCAGAAAGUGGGCCUCAUGGAACACGAAGCAACCCACAGGAAAGAGAAACCGUACAUCUGCCCCGAGUGUGGGAAGAGGUUCAAGCGGAGAAGAGGCUUCCUUGCGCACGUAAGAACGCACGGAGGGGAGAAGCCGCAAGAAUCUUCCAAGAAAAGCAUAAAUGGCAGCAAGCCCCUCCUUACGGACCCCAAGAUCCCCGCCAAAGAGAAAUGCCACCCAUGCUCAGACUGUGGCAAAAGCUUCUUCUCAAAAUGUUACCUUAUUAUGCACCAGAGAACCCACACGGGGGAGAAGCCCUAUCAGUGCACAGAGUGUGGGAAAAGCUUCAGUCAACAAUCGUCCCUCAAUACGCACCAGAGAGUCCACACGGGAGAGAAGCCGUCCUUAUGUACCGAGUGCGGGAAAAGCUUCCAUAAUAAAGGCAACCUGGCGAGGCACCAGAGGAUACACACCGGGGAGAAACCGUUCACUUGCCCAGAGUGCGGGAAAAGCUUUAACCAGAAAGCCUCCCUGGAGGCCCAUAAGGCAACCCACAGCAAAGAGAACCCUUUCUCCUGCACGGAUUGUGGGAAAACCUUCAAGCUGAAAGUGUCUCUCUGUACACACCAGAGAACCCACACAGGAGAGAAACCCUAUGAGUGCCCCCACUGUGGGAAAAGAUUUAUUAGACGUUGCCAGCUUCGAAGGCACGAAAGGACACACACAGGUCCCACCGACCAGCACUUUCUUAAGAUCAAUAAACGUGACAGUCAAUGAAGAGACGUCUAUAACAUAGAUACUGUGUGGGAUGUACCCUACUUUUAUGUCCUUCCAGAAAGGUCCAUGAGAUGACAACGUUCCUGAGACGUCCUGGUUAAGGAAGAAAAUAAACAUUUGCCAAACUGCGAAUAAGGACAUUGAACUUGUUUUGUUCCUUAGCAAGGCAAAAACUGGUGAACCCAUUUCUC